CAGACGUCGCUCGCUAUUGGCUGCGCUGAGGCAGUUGCAGAGAGCGUUUACAGUACAGCCUUUGAAGAAGGCAGAGUGUAGUAUGACAGAUGAGGCUGCUCCGCACGCGAUGUUCACCGUUUGCAUAGAUGAAAACACCUCUCGAUAUACAAGGCAGAGCCAGACGUGGAUUAAAGCACUGACGGCCUCAUCAACACAGAGUGGUUAACGGAGAAGUGCACUGGCGAUACAAAUCGGCAAGAAUACCAUCAUUAAAGUAACCGAAGAGCCACGUUUUAAGGACGAUGGACACCUUGUCCCAGAACUCCAGGCUUGAGUGCCAAAUCUGUUUCAACUACUUCAGCCAACGUCGCCGUCCCAAACUCCUGCACUGCCAGCAUACCUGCUGCUCCGUGUGUCUGAGCCAGAUGUGGCUCAGCCAGAGAGAGCUUCGCUGUCCUUGGUGUCGUUGUGUGACGCAGAUCCCUGGCGGACUUUCGGUCUCCCAUCUUCCAGACGACCCGGAAGUACUUUCCAUUAUCAGUCUGUCUCACUCCUCUGAGCACACUCCCAUCUUUAUACACUUACCCAACAGCGGCUGCUACCUGCUGCCCGUCCCUCUGGACACAGAUGAGGCGUUGCUUCCUGGACAACCAGCAUGCCGAUUUGGCCCUAAAAGCGUUGGGGUGUUGAACGUCUCAGAUGGUGGGAGCCUUGUGCUGGGGGACGACACAGGUGAGGAGGGGAUGGAGGAAGAGGUGGCGGUUAAGACCACAGCAUGGACGGGGGUUUGCACUGUGCUACUGGUGGCAUUCAUUUUGAUUUUUCUGCUGGGUAUUGUGUUGCAUAACAUGUCCUGCGUGUCCAAACGCUUCACUAUUAUUUCCUGCGGAUGAGACGGAUUUAUCAAAUUCACUUGUAAAGGACCAACCAAUAUGGCUCUGAAUCUCUUAUGUGAUUUCAGAUGUGAUUGUGAUUAUGUACAUCACAUAUCUAUGGUGACUAAUGUAUACGGUAGAUGAGCAAAGGGGAAUGAAAGAAGUCAAGGGCACAAUCUAUGCAAUUUGUGGUAUUUCAAAAGUCUGUAAAAGCCUUGAUUCGUUCAUUUGUAGGGAGUUUGUUCAAUUAAUGUGCAGAAAUGUCAUUAAAUAAUCUAGCAAUAUUGACUCCAUGUAUUUGCAUGUCUUGUAUGUACCUGAGGGAAAUUAACUUGGUCUCUAAUACUACGGUAGAGUUAGUAGUGCGUUAUUGACAGUCUGUAGGAGUUGUGCAGUUUGUAACUGAACACUAAAAUUUAGAAAUGAAUUUACUUAUUGCUAUAUAGCUGCACUGUUAAAUAAUGUUUAUUGCUGUGUUUGAUUGCUGUAUGUUUUAAGGUGUUUCAUUAAAGCAGUUUCUUUAAAAUGCCACAAA